UUCCAAAACUAAAGGGGAAUUGAAAAUUCAUGCUCCUCGUCCUCGAGCCCAUUCCCUUCCCCUCUCUCGCCGCCUCCUUUGAUUGGAUCGAAAACAAAAUCGUCGCUCCCACCAAAAUCCAAUCCCCAAUCCGCCGAAACCCUAGCGGUGAGGAACGGGAGGCCGUAGCCGGGGGAUUCCAGCGCUCGGGCGAGAUGGAUUUGGAUCUGUGGAUCGUCAAGGUCAAGGAGGGGCAGCACCUCGCCGAGCACGAGCUCCAGUCCCUCUGCGAAUACGUGAAGGAGAUCCUCAUCGAGGAGUCGAACGUGCAGCCGGUCAACAGCCCCGUGACGGUGUGCGGCGACAUCCACGGCCAGUUCCACGACCUCAUGAAGCUCUUCGCCACCGGGGGCCAUGUCCCGGACACCAACUACAUAUUCAUGGGCGACUUCGUGGACCGCGGGUUCAACAGCCUUGAGGUCUUCACCAUUCUUCUGCUUCUAAAAGCUAGGUAUCCUGGCCACAUAACCCUUCUGCGUGGAAACCAUGAAAGCAGACAGUUGACGCAGGUUUAUGGUUUUUAUGACGAGUGUCAGAGGAAGUAUGGGAAUGCGAAUGCAUGGAGGUAUUGCACUGAUGUUUUUGACUACCUUACUCUUUCGGCGAUCAUUAAUGGCACAGUCCUCUGUGUUCAUGGUGGCCUUUCACCUGAUAUACGUACAGUUGAUCAGAUGCGGACAAUUGAUCGCAACUGCGAAAUUCCCCAUGAAGGACCUUUUUGUGAUCUGAUGUGGAGUGACCCAGAGGAGAUAGAGACAUGGGGUGUUAGUCCCCGUGGAGCAGGUUGGCUUUUUGGAUCACGGGUGACAACCGAGUUUAACCAUGUUAACAAUCUUGAGUUAGUUUGUCGGGCUCAUCAACUAGUCCAGGAAGGCCUAAAGUACAUGUUCCCAGACAAGGGUCUUGUAACUGUGUGGUCUGCACCUAAUUAUUGUUACAGAUGUGGGAAUGUUGCUUCUAUACUAAGCUUCAGCGAAACUAUGGAACGAGAUGUCAAGAUCUUCACAGAGACGGACGAGAACAACCAAAUGCGAGGGCCGAGAAGUGCGGUCCCGUAUUUCCUUUGACCUCCUUUGUACAUUAUUUUUGGUGUUCAUUGUUGUAGCUUCAGCCCACAGUGCAAUCUGAUCAUCUGAUGCAUUUGAUUUUUCACCGCUUGUCUUAACCUGCUGUAUACAAUAGAUUACUGGGAGCAUAGCUGCCAAUGGCCCUGGUUUUGUCCUUCAUCGCCUGUCCACACCUAAGUUCAAUUCUGUAUUUUAGAACCAACUUGGAGUGUGCAUUCUAGAAGAUAUGAUGUAUGAACACAUGGAGGAAGAGGAAAUAUUGUUGCUUGUGCA